AAAUGCACGGAUGUAUCGGUGUAAUCUGGGCUACACUGCUUCCCUCUCUUGAUCUCAUUAGGUCGCACGCUUGCUGGGAUUAUGUUUGUGUAGGGGAUUAUUGGACAGGAACAGCAGACAUGACUUUGGACGUGCUUUCUGCAUGCGGUUUCACGGGUUUCCACUCGAGUACUCAUCACGGCACACCGAUUUACCUCAGCCUGAAAUAUCCUGACCUGUUUCCUCACACCUGACGGUCUUGUGCAUCAUGGCAGACAUUCCCCAACUGAUUAAAAUCGGCGUUUCGCUGAAAACCACCCCGAAUAACGGACCCGUGUUCUUCAAAUCGGACGGGACGAGAUUCGGUCAGAGCAGAACCAUCAAAUUACUGACGGGAACGAAAUACAAGGUCGACGUGGUCGUUAAACCGGGAGCAGUCGAGGCGACAUCCAUGACCGUCGGCGGCGUGACGUUCCCUUUGGAGCAACAGUCUAAAGACCCUCAGUCUGUAGUGUACACUGGGAUGUAUGACACCGAGGGAGUAACACACACCAAAAGUGGAGAGAGGCAACCCGUUCAAGUCAACAUACAGUUCACUCGGGCUGGUCUUUUCGAGACCGUCUGGCAGGUCAAGUUCUACAACUACAACAAGAGGGACCACUGCCAAUGGGGGAACAGCUUCAACAGCAUCGAGUACGAGUGCAAGCCCAACGACACGCGCACACUCAUGUGGAUCAACAAAGAGCUGUUUCUGUGAAAGUGUGUGUGUGAGUGAAGACAAUCUUACGAAGAGCAACACACUGCACACUGUCCUAGAAACAAGAAUCAGCGGAUAGCCUUUCCUAAGAACGUAUUAGAGUAGCGAUUGUGAUGAAGUUAAGUAAACGUUUUACUAGA